AUGAGCCUCCCAAGAACAGGUUGGGAUAAUUGGCAGAAAGUCACCGUCUCCAAAGCUUCAGCAGCUACCAAUUUGGGGCGAGAGUCACCGAGCUGCGCCUACACAAUUCCAUCCACUAUGGACAUUCGUCCGCGCAUUGAUGAUGGAAGCUUCCAGGGCUUUGGAGGCUCGAACAGGCCCGAUCUCUCGUUGUCGCUGGGCGUGGAUCCUCACGGUUCGCCCGGGCCGACGUACAAUGUGCGGGAAUGCCCAGCUAUGCAAAUGGGUGCAGGGCCCAUUGCCAAGUCCAGAGAAAACAAAUCCUUUGGCUGCGCUGAGCGCUUUCGUGAGCAGAGGGGUGGUAGCAUUGGCCCUGGCCAGUACCGGCGGAAGGACUUCUCGCUGCGAUUGGACAAUGGCCGGUCCAUUGGCACUGGACGACAAGCCUGGGAGAAGGUGGUCUAUGUGUUUUGUUGA